UUCUUAUCAUUUUUUACAAAUAUCAGUUAUCCUAUAGCCGUAAAAUAAGGUUCCUACAAUUCUAAUCCUUAUCGGCCAUUAUCCGAUUGGAUAUUCUGAAAUGUUCCCAACGUCCUAUUAUCUAGUAUCUACUUUAGACCACAAAUAAACAUGUCUAUCCAAAUUACAAAUUGAUUCAUAUGCUCAUGUAGCACAGCACUACUUAAAGCAAAUGAGAUAAUAAUACUCUAGAAACGGCGAAAGCUACUACCUGACGUUGAACAAGACCCAUAAACAACUUCUCCGAAACAACCCCAUUUCUAUAUUCUUCUACUGUCUUUAUAAAGUCUUUUUCGUUCUUACAAGUAUCAGAUGUCUGACUGAAUGUAAACCAUAGUUUAAAUUCUCGGUAGACUUUAUUCUGCAAGAGAAACAAAGUCAUCAACGAGAAAAUAUAAAUAAUAAGAAAUAUUGGUCAAACAAGUUAAUUACAACCAUUCGUAUUAUAAGAUUUUAUCAUGGAAGAAGAAAAAUAAUGAGCGUUCUAACAAACUUUCGCUGAAACUUCAUGUAAAUCUUUAACUUAAAAUCAACUAAUCCCAUCAAUAUUUAAUAUAUAUUUCAAAGGAAGAGAAAACAUACAAAUUAAUCAAUUUCUCUUCAAUUAUUAUUGUGACACUCAAAGUUGAUGAAAGAACAUAAAGAUCACGUAGUGGUGUCGAUCACCUACGGACCAUCGUCGGAGGGUUCAGUAACGGCGUCGCCAAUCUCUCAUCAGGCCCCGUCAGUUCCGACGCCGUCUUCAUUGGCAUACUCCGUAACGCCAUCAGCAUCGAGGUUCAGCUCACGGCGAGCGUCGGCUCAUGUUUCCGGUUUGGUUCUCCGGUUUAUAACUUUAGUUCUAUGUUUUGUCGCUGCUCUUUCAUUGGCAGUGAAUGUUCAUCGGCCUUCACAGAGACAUCGGUCUCAGAGCUCCUCGAGUUUCGCUUCAUAUCCUGAACUAUUGUAUUGCUUUGGCGUAGCAGUGACAGGACUCGUGUAUACAUCUCUACAAACAUUCAAAGGAGUAUGUGAUAUUACUCACAGAGGAAUUCUAAUAUCUGAGCCUCUCUCGGAUUACAUCAGUUUCAUUCUUGAUCAGGUUAUAUGUUAUCUACUAGUAUCAUCUUCUUCCUUGGCAAUUGCGUGGAUCCAACAUGCAAACAGCGAUUCGGUCAAAACACUUAGAAAUAACUCCAUUGUUUCAGCUUCCAUGGCCUUCUCUGCUUUUUUGGUUUUGGCACUCUCGAGCCUCUUGUCUGGGUAUAAGCUUUGCAAGAGAUUUAUGUGGUAAUUAAGUCUUGUAAAGGAUGUUUAUAUUCAAAAUACUGUUUAAUCUAAAUAAGUAACAUAAUGACCAAUUAUUGCAAUAUUUACGUGUUAAUUUGCACAUGCAUGACCAUUUUAAUUUGUCUUCCUCGUACUUUUGUCAAAAUUGUCACUAAUUGGUAAAGGGUCCUUUAAUAUGCACAAAAGGGGGUUUUCAUAGUGUGGCAAAAUCCAAGGCAGCUUCAGCAACUCUUAUCUAACAAUUGAUACCAAGAGCAUGUGUAUUUGAGUCACCAACAACAUCUAUCAACAUACCCACCCUAAGUCGAUCAUCAUACCAGGACAAAGUCGAAAAAUAUUACAUUAUAUACUUGAAAACUGUAAUAGAUUAGUAAACUGCAAACCCCCCUACUUAUAUCAUGUUUAUAUGUCCAAAAAAAUGUGCUUGAACAACAUAGUAGUGUACCUACGAAACUCUCAUUAGUGAACGGGAAGAAGAGAAAGAACACAAAAUUUAGCUAUGAACAUAUGUUUUUAACAAAUCACACAUUCUACAGAUCCCCAAAGUCUGCCCAUCAUUCUUCAAUGUACAAAGCACACUCCAGACCCAAAAAAAGAAGCAUCCAAAAGCAGUUAAAUCGAUCCUCCGCUGUCUACGAGGCAUAAUGAAAAGGUGUAUAUAUUUUGGCAAUGGAAAACUUGAGUUAAAAUUUUUUAACUUAAAAUGAUUACACAAAGCAGAUUGCGCUGUUGAUAAAGAUUCAAAGAAAUCAACUUUAGUAUUUGUGACUAACGUUGCAGGGAGAACUCUUUCCUGUCAAUCAAAGUUACAAAAUUGUGUUAGUCUUAUCCACAACUGAAGUAGAGUACAUCACAGCUACCAAAGCAUGAAAAAUGUUAUGGAAGAACUUCUUGCUCGAGUUAGGAGUAAAGCAAGACAAGUAUAUUAUGCUAUGUGAUAAUUAGAGCCUUUCACUUAGCAAAUGACUCAAACUUGCACUCUCGCUCAAAGCACAUAGAUAUCUGAAAUCGUUGAAUCUGAAGAGUUCUUGAAGAUAAGCUCUUAUGUCUCAACAAUUAAUCUAUACAAUGACGAAAACUGGUCUAACAUUAUGACAAAGUAGUACCCACCAAGAAGUUUGAAGAUUGUUGUCGAGGCACCAGAAUGGUGAGAGUUUUGGGCUAAGUCGGGAAAAGGGAGAUUUGUUGAAGAAUCCCUCAUUAGCCCAACAACAAAUAUAUGCAUAAUCAAGUCUUAAUCUAAAAGUCCAAGAAGAAAAAAAU